CCUAAGUCUCCUAUCAGCCCCCGCCGUGCCCUCUACUGGACCUAGGUAGGUACCUACAGGUAGCCUGCCUCUCCGGGUACCUAUAGGAGGUAGGUACCGUAGGUAGGUAGAAUGUAGCAAGAGCUCACCGGUUCACAGCCAGUCUUAUCUCUUAUCUCGUGUGCCUUGGGUACCUCUCCGCACGCACCUAACCGCUAUGCGUCGGUGUCUGGGCGGGCUUCCCAUGGCACUUCCGGGCCCUCUCCCGUGGCUCCUUGCAGUUGGUCGCUGGCAUCCUUCUUCCAUCUAUCUAGGUAUCUAUCCCUCCCUCACCUCUUCUCUCCCUGUCUCUCUGUCUCCCUCUCUCCUUCUCGCCCUCUCUCUCGUCCUCUGCCCCCUUUCCACAUACCUACGUUUGUAAUACUGAUAUAAUCUGCCUGCCUCUUGCCCCCAUCGUGUCCACGACUCACGUUACCCACUGCUAUUUGUAUUAUAUCCUGUCUUAGCUGCCUUCCUCUGAGGCCGCCCUGCUAUACGAUCCCUUAGCUGUGUGUGUGUGCCUACGCCUACAUACCGACAUACCCAGGUACUUCUCGCUUCCAGAGCCUGUCACCGCCGUAACAUCCGGGCCUAGCUUGUUCCUACUAGCAGGAUGUCGUUACCUUCCAACGUCCACGUCUCUAAGCAUCCCUGCCUGAAAGCCAAGCUGAGCCGUCUAAGGUCGAAGGGGACGGAAUCGCGCGAGGUCAAGUCGCUGAUCAACGAAAUCUCCCUGAUUCUCGGGUGUGAAGCUUUAGCUUCCACCUUGACGCCCGCUUAUGGACCAUUGAACGAGACGCCCAUCGGGUUCGGGUACACCACCACCACAGUCAAACCGCAAGCAAUAUCCAUAGUGCCCAUUCUUAGGUCGGGGUUGGGCAUGGUAGAAGCAAUACAAACAAUCCUCCCGGAGCCCGUACCGGUGCACCAUCUCGGCCUGUACCGCGAACCCAGCACGCUCGAGCCGGUCGAGUACUACAAUAACCUGCCACACCAUGUCUCCUCUUCCUCGAACAGCGAAGCCGACGAAGCCGGAUCUCACGCCUCCAGCUUAGCCAUCAUCGUCGACCCCGUCAUCGCCACCGGCGGCACCUGCGCCGCCGCCAUCCAGACGCUUAAGGAGUGGGGGGUCCGCAGGAUCCUCGUAUUAUCCGUCGCCGCCGCAGUUGACGGCGUGCGCCGUGCCGCCGCCGAGUGGCCCGAAGCUGUCGACAUCUGGGUCGCCGGCGUCGACGCCGAGCUUACGCCCACCGGUAUGGUGAAACCCGGCGUCGGCGAUAUCGGCGAUCGCCUAUUUUUGACCAUUGGAAAAUAAGGAGCAUAGCGGAAGUGAGGGGAAUAAGAGAGCGAAAGAGCUGUUACGUCGCGCGCCUUGUCUCCUUACCUACCUAAUCGAAUUAACUAGGGAGCAUUGGCGCUUGUAUCUAGGAGCACGAAAAAUGCCGACUCCGCAAGUCACAAUUUGUGUAACAUUCGUGUAUACCGUCCUUGAGGAAUACUCCUGGGGACGCAUAUAGACCCGGGAUGGGGGGAAUCACAAUGAAAAACCCAGAGACUGCGUCGUGUAUUCCGUAACGAACAAUGCAGAUCAAGCCCGGGCGAGCCACAAAAACCAGAGUGUAGUUAGGUAUUAAUCAAGCGAAGGUAUAAAACGUGACUAACCCCUCUAUACUCACUGGUCCCUCCCGCCCGUCACGGCGGCGCGUACCUCUCCUCGUCCACCAGCGUCCGGUUCUCCCAGCAGUCCUCGACCCACUGGCGCGACACUACCCUCGGUACGGGCGUGCGCGUGCUAAUGACGGCGCGCACCUCGGCCGCGCGCGCCAUCACGCCCGCGCCGUCGUCGGCUCCGUCGUCGGCCAGCACCACGAUGUGCGUGACGCGCCGGUCGUCCAGGUCCUCGGCGAUCUCGCCGCCGCCGUACCGGACCCAGUUCUGGAGCCGGAGGUGCGGCGGCGGCGGCGGCGGCGGCGCGCCGUCGGGCGCAGGAGAGCGCGCGGGCCCCGCGAAGUACACCCGCGUGCCCCGGAACACGUGGCCGUGCAGCUGCGCGCUCACGUCGUG